AUGCAAGUUGUAUAUAAAAUUGCUAUACUUUAUGGUAUCGAUAUAUCUACUGAUAUACGAAAAACAAUUUGGACCACAGAUCUUAUUCCUUAUCCAAAUGCUAACGAUAAAGUCACACACGAGUUUCUUCAAAAGAUCGUGGAUGUUCUUUUGGACUACGUGAAGCAACAAAAUGAUAGAAAGGAAAAGAUUCUUGAUUUCCACCAUCCAGAGGAAAUGAUAAAGCUAUUAGAUCUUAAAAUUCCGGAAGAAGGAGUAUCCCUAGGACAGCUCGUUCAUGACUGCGCCACAACUUUGAAGUACCAAGUUAAAACUGGACAUCCUCACUUCUUUAAUCAAUUGUCCACCGGACUGGACCUAAUCUCUAUGGCUGGAGAAUGGCUAACUGCUACUGCCAAUACCAAUAUGUUCACCUACGAAAUUGCUCCAGUUUUUAUCUUGAUGGAAAAUGUAGUCAUGACUCACAUGAGAGAAGUAAUCGGCAAAAGCUGGCGAAAAGGAGAUUCCAUCUUAGCCCCAGGUGGUUCAAUAUCCAAUCUCUAUGCUUUCUUGGCAGCAAGACAUAAAAUGUUCCCCAAUUACAAAGAAAAAGGAAUUGCUACUAUUCAAGGUCAGCUAGUUAUGUUUACGUCAGACCAGGUGCGUAAUAAAAUAUAG